AUGAAUUCGAUUGUUGAUAAUAUUCGAAUCAUGACCACCAAGGAUGCUUCACUAGAUUCAUUCUUAGAUAUCCUAGCUCUAAGACUCUCAUCAGUUCCAUUCAAUGAACUAACUCAACAACAACAACAACAUCAACCCCAAGUUCCAGAUCCAAUCAAUCGAUCUACAACCAAACCAGUCACGAUAUCUUUUGUUGGUAAACUAAUCAAUCCGAUCCAAUCUUUUAAUUCACAAUGGAUCACUUUUCAAUCCAUUGUUCCAUUUUGUAAUCAAACUUCAAAAUCUGGUCUUUUACUUCCUGUUAUCAAACUUAGGAAUACUGUUGUCAAACCUCAUGGAACUAAUCAUGAUGAACUUUCGGAAUGGUUAAUUUCUGGUGAUUUAUCUAUGAUCGGAGAACAACUCACAAUCGUAGCUCAAAGUCUAUACAUCCUCGAACCCAACCAAAUCCCAUGCGAAAGAAUCUCUCAAAUCUGUGCCACAGGUUUACUGGCAGGUAUCGUUCAAAAGCAACAUACUUUUCACUUCAGCUCUCAUCCGAUCAAUCACGAUUCCAAAGUCGAGUUUGAAGAUCUAGAAUGGGAUGAUGCCAAUAUCUGCGAUCGAUCAUCGAUCACUGCUGGAGCAGUUACAUGGUUUGAUAUUGGAGUUGGAUUAUCUCGAAGAGAAGAAAACGAUCCACAUGAAUGGUUAGAACUUAGACACGCGAUGGUUUCGAUGAAGUGUAGGAGAUCUACUUCAGAUACGAAAGAUAACGAUCGGGUAUUAGAAAACCUAGAACCUGUCACUAUUGUUGGUCAACUAAUGGAAUUGAAUUUAGAAACUCAAGAAUUCUUUAUUCAACUCUAAGAACUCAAACUAUAGAUUUAUUAAACUUCUUUUAUAUUGAUCUUGAAUGAUUAGUGAUUUCAUUUUGUUUCUUGAAUUUGUAUUACUACAAGCUUUCAUUGCUUUGCCUUCUUGGACACAUAAUCUUGAUUGACUUGUUAUUCAUGUAACUCAUGGAUUUUAAUAUCCGGAUAAGCUAGUC